AUGAGAAGUGCAUGUACACAUGUUGGUGGUCGCUCACCUUCCUACUGCCUCACUGAUCAAAUCUCUCUCUAUCAAUUAACCCUGAAAGAAUUUUACUUUUGGUUAUUUGGCAAAAAGCUGUUUACAUUCCGUGUUUGUCCAUCAACCAAGUUUUAUUUCAAUGGUUAUAACAACCAAUAUGACAAUGCCCCCAUUUUUACUAUAGACGAUGGCUCCCAGCCACCAGUCGUGCUGGCAGCCAAAGAAAGGAAUAUCAUUGCUGCAACAUUUACAAAUUUCUUACUAAAAAAUAUUGGUGGAUCCGAGACAUUCCAGGACAAACAAGCAUUCUUCAAUCAUGAAAUCCGACAGCUGCAUCUCAGAAGGGCACACGACAAAUUACAGAUUAAAGUCAACCGAUAUAAGUUAUUGCAAAGUUCAUACAAAGCAACCAAACAUUUUGACAUUUCUGAUUGGUGUCGCAAUUUUGAAAUUCUUUUCACUGGGGAAGAAGGUUUGGAUUGGGGAGGUUUGCGGCGAGAGUGGUUUGAAUUGUUAUGUACUGAAUUAUUUGAUCCAAACUGUAGUGGACUCUUCCGAAGAUUUGCUGAAGAUGAUUCCCAAGGCCUGGUGCAUCCUAAUUCCAAGCGACCACCAACUUUGAAAUUGAAAUAUUAUGAAUUUGCAGGCAAAAUAGUUGGCAAAUGUUUGUAUGAAUCUGCCCUUGGGGGUAGUUAUAAGCAAUUAGUAAAAGCAAAAUUUUCUCGGUCAUUCCUGGCUCAAUUGAUAGGUCUACGAGUACAUUACAAGUACUUUGAAACUGAUGACCCUGAACUGUACAAGACAAAAAUCCGUUACAUUGAGGAGAAUGAUGUCUCUGAUAUGGAGCUGACGUUUUCUGAAGAAGAAUACAGUGAAUCAGGACAACUGCUCAGAGUUAUUGACCUUGUCCCAAAUGGAUCCAAAAUCAGUGUGACCAACAAAAAUAAACUGUGGUAUUUGGACCUCUUGGCUGAACAUCGACUGUCCACUUGCAUUAAGGAUGAACUGGAGAACUUUCUGCACGGACUCAAUGAACUCAUUCCUGAUAAUCUGCUGAGUAUCUUUGAUGAAAAUGAAUUAGAGUUGUUGAUGUGUGGAACUGGUAAUUAUAGUAUAACUGAUUUCAAAUUGCACCAUUCCAUCUGUGGCACUUCUCCAGCAUUUGGCAAGGUGUUGGAUUGGUUCUGGACAAUUGUGGCCAGUUUUACAGAAGAGCACAUGGCUCGACUACUACAGUUCACAACCGGAUGUUCCCAGUUGCCUCCAGGGGGAUUCUCUGAACUUAAUCCAAAAUUCCAAAUUACUGCUGCCCCCACAUAUAACACUCUGCCAACAGCUCAUACAUGUUUCAACCAGUUAUGUUUACCUGAUUAUGACUCCAUAGAGAAAUUCCACAAGGCUCUAAUGAUUGCCAUUAACGAAGGAAGUCAGGGAUUUGGCAUGGUCUGA